GGGGGGUGGGAGGGAGGGGGGCAUGCCGUAGGAGAGAGGUUGGGAAAGUUCGAGGGGAGAAAAGGAGGCCGCCGAGAAGGAAGCCGUCCUGCCAGCGCCCUCCCGGGACCGAGUGAGGCGGGGGAGCCGAGCCUUGCUCCGCUCGGGCCCCGCGUCCGCACCCGCGCGCCCUGGCCAUGGCCGCCCCCCGGAACCCCCGGUCCGCCGCGCUCCCGCGGCCGCUGCGUCUCCUCUUCCUCCUGUGCGCGCUGCCGCUGGCGCGGAGUCUCCCCGGGGGCCCCGGACCCCGACCAGAGACACUCCCUUGGGGCCAACCCUCCCUGGAUAUCGUGCACCCCAUCCGAGUGGAUGCUGGUGGCUCCUUUCUCUCCUACGACUUAUCUCCCCGGCUGCUUCGGAGAAGGGACCUCUCCCCCAGGACCAGCUCUCCCACGUACUAUGAACUGUUAUACCAGGGGCGGGAGCUGAGGUUUAACCUAAGCAUCAACCACCAGCUGCUGGCCCCCGGCUUCGUGAGCGAGACCCGCUUUGGAGGCAUUACCCAUGCCAAGAUCCGUCCCUACACAAAAUCCUCUGCCUGCCAUCUGGUCGGAGAGGUUCAGGACCCUGAACUGGAAGGGGGGGUUGCCGCCAUAAGUUCCUGCGAGGGUUUGAAAGGUGUGUUCCAGCUCUCCAACGAAGACUAUUUCAUCGAGCCACUGGACGGAGUUAAGCCCAGGGCUGGGGUGGCGCAGCCUCACGUGGUUUACAAGCGACAGACACCAGAACACCAGGAAGAAUGGAGAACAGGAUCCAAGGUUCAUACAGGAACCCCCCUCCCCAGGAUCCUGGGCACAUGCGGCAUCAAAGAAUCUCCUGAGAUCCAGGGGAAGUCAGAGAAGAGGAGGGAAAGGUGGGAGCAGAAGCAGCAGCGGAGGCGGCGGCUGCAGCAGCGCUCCAUCAGCAAGGAGAAGUGGGUGGAGACCCUGGUGGUGGCGGAUACCAAGAUGGUGGAGUACCAUGGCUGGGACCAUGUGGAGAACUAUGUGUUGACAGUGAUGAACAUGGUGGCCGGGCUUUUCCAUGACCCCAGCAUCGGUAACCCCAUCCACAUUUCCAUUGUGCGCCUGAUCUUGCUGGGAAAGGAGGAGGAGGACCUCAAGAUCACUCAUCAUGCAGAUAACACUCUGAGAAGUUUCUGUAAGUGGCAGAAAAGUAUCAACAUGAAGGGUGAUGCUCACCCCCUGCAUCAUGACGUGGCAGUUCUGCUGACGAGGAGAGAUCUUUGUGCUGCCAUGAACAGGCCCUGUGAGACGCUGGGCUUAUCACACGUGUCAGGCAUGUGCCAGCCCCACAGGAGUUGUAACAUCAACGAAGACACUGGUCUCCCUUUGGCCUUCACCGUAGCCCAUGAACUUGGACACAGUUUUGGGAUUCAGCAUGACGGAAGCGGCAAUGACUGUGAGCCCGUUGGGAAAAAGCCUUUCAUCAUGUCUCCACAGCUCCUGUAUGACACCUCGCCGCUCACCUGGUCCCGCUGCAGCCAGGAGUACAUCACCAGGUUCCUCGACCGAGGAUGGGGCCUGUGCCUAGAUGAUCCACCCGCUAACAAUGUGAUUGACUUCCCCAUCGUCCCACCCGGUGUUCUGUAUGACGUGAGCCAUCAGUGCCGCCUCCAGUAUGGGGCCUAUUCCACCUUCUGUGAUGACAUGGAUAAUGUCUGCAACACCCUGUGGUGCUCAGUGGGGACCACCUGUCACUCCAAGCUGGAUGCUGCUGUGGACGGCACCCGAUGUGGCGAGAACAAGUGGUGUUUCGACGGGGAGUGUGUGUCCGUGGGCUUCCGGCCCGAUGCUGUGGAUGGAGCCUGGGCCGGCUGGAGCUCCUGGUCAAGCUGCUCCCGUAGCUGCGGUGUGGGCGUGCAGAGCUCAGAGAGACAGUGCAGCAACCCCACGCCCAAGUAUGGUGGCAAGUACUGUGUGGGGGAACGGAAGCGAUUCCGUUUGUGCAGCAUCCAGGCUUGCCCCACUGACCGGCCAUCUUUUCGCCAGAUCCAGUGCAGCCAGUUUGACGCCAUGCCUUACAAGGGAGAGCAGUACAAGUGGGUCCCUGUGUCCAACCACAUUAAUCCCUGUGAGCUGCACUGCCGGCCUUCAAACGAAUAUUUUGCAAUUAAGCUUCGGGAUGCUGUUGUAGAUGGGACCCCCUGCUUCGAAGGGAACACCAGCCGAGAUUUGUGCAUCAACGGGAUCUGCAAGAACGUGGGCUGUGACUAUGAGAUUGACUCCAACGCCAUUGAGGACCGGUGUGGCGUGUGCCAUGGGGACGGCUCCACCUGCGAAACAGUGAAGAAGACAUUUGAUGAGACCGAAGGCCUGGGAUAUGUGGACAUCGGGCUGAUCCCAGCAGGGGCGAGAGAGAUCCGUAUCGAGGAGGUUGCUGAGGCUGCGAACUUCCUGGCACUGAGGAGCGAAGAUCCAGAGAAGUACUUCCUGAACGGCGGCUGGACCAUCCAGUGGAACGGGGACUACAAAGUAGCCGGGACCACCUUCACGUAUGAAAGGAACGGCAACUGGGAAAACCUCACGUCCCCUGGACCCACCCGGGAGCCCAUCUGGAUUCAGCUGCUGUUCCAAGAGAGCAAUCCUGGGGUGCGUUACCAGUAUACCAUCCAGAGGGAGGCAGACAGUGAGAAUGAGAUCCAGCCCCCCGAGUUCUCCUGGCGAUACGGCUCCUGGACCAAAUGCACUGUGACCUGCGGCACAGGGGUGCAGAGGCAGGCCGUGCACUGCGUGGAGAAGCUGGCGGGCCUUGUGGAGGAGCGCCAUUGCGACGCCCUGACCAGGCCGGACGACAGACUGAAGCCCUGUAACCAGCAGCCCUGCCCAGCCAGGUGGUGGUUCGGAGAGUGGCAGAGCUGCAGCAGGACGUGCGGGCCCGGGGGCCUGGCGCUGAGGACCGUCCUCUGCAUCCAGAGCGUGGGGCUGGACGAGCAGCGGGCCCUUCGCCCCGAGGACUGCCGGGCCACGCCCAAGCCAGACGUCACCAGGUCCUGCAACGAAGAUAACCCCUGCCCGGCCUCCUGGGAAGUGGGCAACUGGUCCGAGUGCUCGGUGAGCUGCGGGGCGGGCGUCCACAGCCGGCCAGUCUUCUGCACCAAUGACACCGGAGCGCCGUGCGACGCUGCCCAGAAGCCCAUCUCGGAGACCUCCUGUUCCCUGCCGCCAUGCCCCUGGGUACCCGAGUGGUCGGGGAGCGGCUCCUCGAGCAGAGAGCUUUUCAACGAGAUCGAGUUCAUUCCCAGCAACCACUUCCCCGCCUUCGAACCCCCAGCCCCCGGGCCCCCGAGCCACGAGGACUCCAACGUCAUCACCGAGGAGGACUUCCCAGCCAGCGACAAGAAGGGCAACGUCUUCGUGGAUGACUUCUACUAUGACUACAACUUCAUCAACUUCCACGAGGACCUCUCCAGCAUCCCCUUUGAGGAUCAUGACAGACCGAGCGAGGGGGUCGGAGGGGAUAGCAAUGGGAGACCCAGAGAUUGGGGCACAUCUGAUGAAACACCCCUGGCCGCACCCCCCAGCUCGGAAGGGGAGGACCAGGGGGCUUCCGAGAGCCCGACCCAGCCCACCCCGGCUCAGGAGGAAGUCGUGAAGACCAAUGGCCAGCCGUCUGUGGACUUCCCACCGGAGCCUCUCCCUUCCACCGCUGCCCCAACACCCUCCAGUCCCAGCCAGGGAGAGAAAGGACAGUCGGUGCUUCCAGAAGACUUCCCAGAUCCCUACCCAAGUCCCACCACUCGCCCUUCUAAUCUCCUCCUAGAUAAAUCCCCAGAAGGCCCCAUGACAGGCAACAUCUCCAAAGAGGACCCCACCUCCUCAUCCUCUUCUUCACCCACCUCAACCUCCCUGACCCCUGUGGAGACAGAUCCUGAGAAAACCCCCACCAGUGCCCAGGGAGAAGAGCCCGGCCCUCAGAGGCCAGGGCUUCCUGGAGGCAGGGAGGCUGGUGACAUUCACCACUGGGAGGUCCCCACUGGGGCCUCCAAGGAAGACCCCGACGAGUUGCUUUGGGAAGGAUUGGAUGUGGUAUCUGAUAAUGACAACAAGAAGUUCCCCGGAGAAAUGGCAGCCUCAGGCGAGAGUAGGACCACCCCUGCGCCCCCUCACUUUGCCCCUGAGCUGAAUCUGGCUCUCCCAGCUCCCCAGACGACUCUGGGGUCAUUCCUUCCUACUGUUCCUUCCACUGAUCCCAGGACAGAAGUCAUCCUCCUCCCCAAAGACACUGAUCCUAUGGAGAGGUCAUGGAACUCAAGUGACCCCAGACUGCGAGACAGUGAGCCCCUCCCCACCGAGGAGGGCACCUGGAGGGCUACCUCUACCCCCACCCCCUCUGAGACCAAGCCAGUCAGAUUCCCUCCAUUAAAGACCUCUCUACCCUCUCCCACCACGUCUAGUGUCCACGGGCCAAGGAGCACGGACCUCCCAGCCCGAGAUCUGACCCCAUGGGACCUGCAGUCCCCAGCUGAGCCAGUGACCUCUGAUCCCAAUGACCUGGCUGGCCCAGUAGUCAUGCCUUGGGACGACCGCUUCCUCCCUUCUGCACUGACUCCCAGCCCAGGGUUGGAGAAUUUGUCCAAUGAGAUCAGGGUGUCCCACGAACCUGACUUCUCAUCCUCCCCCGGCCUCCCCUGGUCUCCCCAACCAGUGGGCACAAACGAAUGGCUGGGAAAUCCAGGUGGGGAAACGUCACCGAGGAACACUGUUCACGAUGGCGGAGACCUCAAGAGUAAGUCCCAGAGCCCGGAUGACACCGAGCCAGCUGGGACCGAGGUGCCUCCCCGGGGCAUACUGGCUACUCCUGCAGGCCCUGGGGGAGCCAGCUGGGAAGUCGGAAACUGGAGUGAGUGCUCCACGACUUGUGGCCUGGGAGCCAUCUGGAGGGCCGUUCAGUGCAGCACGGGGCGCGAGGAAGACUGUGUCCCCACCAGCAAGCCGGUGCCCGCCCGCCGCUGCUACCUGAGGCCCUGCUCCGCCUGGCGCGUGGGCAACUGGAGCAAGUGCUCCCGGAACUGCGGGGGCGGCUUCAGGUUUCGGGACGUGCAGUGCGUGGACACCCGGGACCGCCGGCUCCUGCGUCCAUUCCACUGCCAGCCCGGCCUCUUCAAGCCUCUGGGCCAGCUCUCCUGCCAUGUGGACCCCUGCCUCGACUGGUACACGUCAUCCUGGAGAGAGUGCUCCGAAUCCUGUGGUGGAGGAGAGCAGGAGCGCCUUGUGACUUGCCCUGAGUUUGGGCACUGCGAGGAGACCCUGCGGCCCAACACCACCAGGCCCUGCAACACCCACCCGUGCACCAAAUGGGUGGUGGGACCCUGGGGACAGUGCUCGGCCACCUGUGGGGGAGGGAUCCAGCGGCGGCUCGUCAAGUGCGUCAACACCAAGACCGGCCAGCCGGAGGAGGACAACAGUCUCUGUGACCACGAAGCGUGGCCCGAAAACUCCCAGAGGUGCAACCCCCACGACUGCCCCGCCAGGGAGCCAGGUCUCGUCUGUGACCGGGACCGUCUGACUUUCAGCUUCUGCGAGACCCUUCUCCUCCUGGGCAGGUGCCACUUGCCAAGCGUCAGGACCCAGUGCUGCAAGACCUGCAGCCGGGACAACUACGGGGCCCGAGACCGGGGCGACGAGCGGGCGUCCCGCCGCUGAGCCCGCCGCCCGCCCCCUCCCCUCGGAGGGGUAGUUCACGGAUCUGAGGAGGCAGCCGCUCCCUCCCUUUGCCCACCUCCGGGGGCAGCACGGAAGGUCGGCCCUGGCAGGAGGGACUCCGGUGCUCAUCACAACCCAGGGAAGACACUACUGUUGUUACGAUUAUUGUUAUUUUUAAUAACAUUAUGGUAAUUAUUAUUAUUUUAAAAGCACACCCCGUGGGGCGGAUUGUUCCACAGCUGAGAAGGAUGUGGUCUUACCUCAUAACCCACUUCCCUGGGGAGAGCACUCUCUGAGCGUCCCCUCAUCUCAAGCCCCCACUCACUCACUCACUUGCCCUCAAUGGUGCUAACCAGCAGGAUCUCCUGCUCUGUCACCUGUCCGACGGGGACAGACACCUCGACUUCCUGGGAAUGGGGGACGCUCCCCCCACCUCUCCCCAAAAAGGUUCUUAAUGUUUUUUAUUCUAAUGAAGGUUCAAGGAACCCCAACUUUUUGUAUUAUAAAUAAAUAUCUAUUAUCCCAAAGAACAGGUCUCCUCUUUGCUUAUUAGGGGAGGGAGGAUGGCAGGAAGUGGAGCUGAGGAAAGUUGGAAAUUGGAUGUGACUCUGGGAUCAUCUGACUUCAAAAUGGAUCCCCCUGGACUAGGAACCAAGAGGGUGCAAAGUAGUCAAGAGGGACAAGGAUGGGUGCAAGGCACAGGAGACCCUGAGGAUCCCUUUCAUUGUGGCUAAUGGCAGUAAAACUCC